AGUAGAAGUAAAGAGACAGCUGAAGUCAAGGCCAGGAAGGAAGUCGGGACGCGAGAAGCAUAUGAUUUCAUCCUUGUAAACAGAGGUAGAGAGAGGGAGAGAGACGCACAUUCAGGUGUUGACGCCCUCACGUGAAUAACUGCCAUCUCAGCAGAAACCAGAAAUGCCGCUCCUGUACAGCGUGGUUGCCCGGGGCACCACCGUGCUUGCAAGGUAUGCGACCUGUGCCGGGAACUUUGCCGAGGUGACAGAGCAGAUCCUCUCAAAGAUCCCCCCGGGUGAAUCUGGACGCCUGACCUACUCCCACGCCUCGUAUCUCUUCCACUAUGUGGCCGAGGCCGGCAUUGUGUUCAUGUGUAUCACCGAUGAUGAGUUUGAAAGGCAGCGAGCCUUCCUGUUCCUGGAGGAGAUCAAACAGAGGUUCCUGGCCACCUAUGGCCAGAGGGUCCAGACGGCUCUGCCCUACGCCAUGAACAGCGAGUUUGCUCAGGUGUUGGCUGCCCAGAUGAAGCACUACACAGAGUCCCGGGAGAUUGACAAGAUAUCGCGGCUCCAAGGGGAAGUGAGCGACGUAAAGGACAUCCUUGUCCAAAAUAUUGAGAACUUGGCGACCCGUGGAGAGAAACUGGAGCUUUUGAUUAACAAGACACAGAGCCUCAACACCUCAGCGGUAACCUUCAAGACAACAAGCCGCACCCUGGCACGAAGUCUGUGGUGGAAGAAUAUUCGUAUCAUCAUUUUCAUCGUCGUGGGCCUUGGGGUGAGCAUCUACAUCAUUGGUGCCAUGGCCUGUGGCAUCAGCUGGCAGAAUUGCACCAAAUGAAGCACAAAGCCCAGACCAGCAUGACCUAUACUACAGCAGCCCUGUCAUCCCUACCUGAUCAGUGUCCAGUAAGGAUGUUACCACUCACACAAACUCCUAAUAUAUUUAAGACUAGAAAUGAGUAUCAAGGGUUAGGGUGUGUGACGUGUUAUCAUAAUUUAAUGUGUUUAAUUAAUUCCAUGGGGUAAUCUUUGGUGAUGCAGUUUUGUUGUAUCCACACUAGCUUGUUACAUUUCUGUUGACAUGGCUUUCUCUCUGUGAAUCAAACUUUCACAGUGUAUGUUUGGAAUGGUUGUUACUUGUUAUUGUUACCUAUUAAGGGCCUGUCCACAUCUGGCACUGCCUGGUGGGCUCUGCCCUUAACUUGGCAAAGUCCGUGGGCACACUUGUAUUUUUGUCCACAUGGCAGCGUUUGGCCUAGUCAAAGCUGGGCAGCCAGGCAGGGUGGGUUCUCUCAGUAAGGUAUAGCUUUGUGUAGUAGGAAGUACAGCAAGAAGCUAGCACUGUGUAUCAUAAUUACACACAGUGAAAAAAGUUGUCCUCGUGUGUCUGGCAGCGACAUACUACCAGGCAGUGCCUGGUGAAAUUACUCCACCACCAGUGUGGGCAUUUUUAACAUUUGCCCUCAGGCACAAGCGAUAAGCCCAUCAACAUGCAAACUGCUCGCUUGUUCCCAUGGGCAUUGCCUCAUUGUGGGGAUGGGGCCUAAGAAUAAUGCAUACAUCAAACUCAUGGUUUAUUACAUUAUCCUAGAAUUUUUCACAUUGAAAUAGGUGAACAAUAUUUGAGAUAUUUUGGGUGCCAUUCAGAAAGGUUUAAUCAUUUUAGAAACUUGAAAAUUCAAUGUUGGCAAGGUAUGUUAUAUAUCUAUAUUGUCAAGUAAAUAAACAUUGGCUUUGUAUCUAUUUGGGUAAUUUUUCACUUGAUAUUCUGUUUUGUCAUCUGUGUUUUCUGUCAGCUUCUUCAAACAUGUCUGUGUGCAUGUCAGCACUCUGUGUGCAUGGUGGCACAAAGCCAAACAUCAAGGAUCUGGGUUGUAGGUUUCCAAGCUGCUGUGAUCAACAGAGUUUCCUAAAUGGGUUGAACCAGAACAUUAAAUUCUGGUUGUGGAAGUAGCUGCUGUAAUCUAUAUGUUAAUCUACACACACACACACACACACACACACACACACACACACACACACACAU